AUGAGCUCAAUCCUUCAAGUUUAUAAGAAAUACAACAUAUCCAAUGCUGAAGUGAAGCCAAUCUUACCAAAAUAUCAAACUGCUGAAAUAACUCAUCAGUGGACAAUCAUGAGCAAAACUGUUAUUGAAGAGGUUCUUGAUGAUGAAGAUAUAAUGCCUGUCAAGUUCAACUAUACAAAGUUUACAAAUUUGGCACAGUAUAUGGACGAUAAGACUAAAUCAGUUGAUGUCCUUGGAAUAGUUAUUGAAGCAUUGGAGAAAAAGGCAAUUACUACACACUACAGAGAGUCUAUUGUUCAAAAGUUUGUGCUUGUGAAUGAAAAACUGCAAACUGUUGUACUUUCUAUGUGGGAUGAUUUCAUCAAAAAUGAAGGAGAACAGAUAAUUUCUACCAUGAACAACUAUCCUGUUAUUAUUGCCCGAAGGAUAAAAGUCAACAACUACAAUGGUGUUUCUUUGUCCACAUGGUUUGAUUCUGCAAUCCUCGUUGAUCCUCCAAUUCAAGAAGCAAGGGAACUAAAGAAUUGGUGUCGCUUUGAUGUGGAUUUACGGGAUCAUACUGGAGUUAUCACAGCUUCUAUCUUUGGAGAACAAGCUGAACAACUGCUGACGUUCAAUGCUCUUGAAAUAAUGGAACACUUUAAGCAGAACAUUGAACUUCCACUUGAAAUCAUCCACAAAGAACUUGACUCAAAGUGGUUCUUGGUACACAUUAAGCCAGUACAAACUCAAGUUGCAGAUACAAAGCAGCGAUAUACAAUUAUUUAUUAUUCUGAAAUUGCCGAUGCUGCUACCCCAAUUUCUUCUAUCAAUGAAUCAAUCAUUCCCUUUCUAUCAGUUCAUAAUCAGGAUGGCCCUUCACAGAUCACAACUUCAGGCACUGUAACUACUGAAGAAGACAAUCCAACUUCAAAGAUUCGCGUUUCACUAAAUCAAAAGUUUGAUCAGGCUGAAGAACCAGAAAAGAAUGCAUCUCAACUUGAAGGAACUAGCUGCAGCAAGAAGCCAAAACUGAACUAA